UUCCUGCAGCAGACAGAUGAUCCAGAGGCAGGGGAGUCAGUAAAGACACAGCCCAGCCCCGUCUCAGCACAGCUCUGCACAACCCAGCUUAGCCACUUGGAGAGGCAGGGGAGGGGAGACACUAGCGCACACAGCCAACGCUGCAACGCAUACACACACAACCGCACAGACAAACACUCCUCCUCUCUCUCUCUUGCUUUCUCCCUAUCCGCUCUCCCUCACUCUGGGUGCUCGGCUCCGCGCACAGCUCCUUUACUCAUUCGCUGCUGAUUCACUCGCUCACUCGCUUGCCUCCUCUUCUGCCAGUCGCUCUGCCUUGCUGUGUUCUGCCUGCCUGCCUGAGAAUGGUCCAGCCGGUGCCUGGGGGUCUGCUGUCGCGGCCUGUCUGAAUACACGCAUAAACAUACAGAGCCAGUCGACACGCGGAAGCACGCACACACAAACUGGAGGGCAAUGUGAGAGAGGAAGUGCCUUCCCUGAUGUCUGCUGCAGCUUUGACCUGCUUCUACAGCUGAAGCUCCACCCUCCCCCCUGCCUCGCUCGCUUGCUGCCACAGCAACACGAGUACAAGGACAGCAGCCACACCCUCCUCGCAGCCUUCGCUCCGACCCCAUCCACUGUACCAUCAUCAUCCACUCCACGCAGCCUGACUCCAAACUCCGCUCUCCUCACUGUAAGACGGCCCUGCUGCCAGCAACUAUCCACCAGCUGACCAGCCUUACCACAGCAGCCCAACACACCACCAGGCCCACACAGCAUCACCUUGCCUUUCACCUUCGCCUUCAACCCUCUAAAGCCUCCACUUAGUCCUCAGUGUCCUUAACCUUCUUGUAGCAGGCUACACCUAGACUGUCACCUUUGUUGCCUGCUUCACUGCACCUAACCAGAGGGCUCUCAGUUCGGCUGUCACCUUCGCCUGGGAAUGUUAUAGAUGACGCAGUUCAGUAAGCAAUAACAAGUGAGAGAGAGAAGUCUAACCAAGAGAGGCAGCUUGACUGUUAAGCUAAGUAGUCUCCCCUGGAUAUAAUAACUCUAUCAGCCGCUGUCUGAUCAAGAAUAGGACCUGCUUACAUCCACAGCCAUCCUGCAACAUUUUACUUUGGAGAAGGAGCCCAGUCAAUCAGUAGGAACUUUUCUUUUUGAGUGUUUCAUUUCAUCUUCACAGACAAGUAUCCCAGACAGUGACAACACUGAUAAGUAAACAGAAAAAGAAAAAGAUUGUGGAUAACAACACUAUAGGUACUUAAUUUGAACAGAUUUCGAAGAGUUUUCGAACAGAUCUCCGCUCGGAAUACUUUUUUCUGCCGGCGUCUUGAGAUGGCAAUGAACAUAACACACAUCCGUGACACAAAGUGGCUGACACUGGAAGUAUGCCGGGAGUUCCAGAGGGGCACCUGCUCACGCUCCGACCAGGAGUGCAAGUUCGCUCACCCAGCCAAGAGCUGCCAGGUGGACAACGGACGGGUCAUCGCUUGCUUCGACUCGCUCAAGGGCCGUUGUUCCAGGGAGAAUUGCAAGUACCUGCACCCUCCUCCCCAUCUAAAGACCCAACUGGAGAUCAAUGGCAGGAACAAUCUGAUCCAGCAGAAGAAUAUGGCCAUGCUCGCCCAACAGAUGCAGCUCGCCAAUGCCAUGAUGCCUGGCACGCAGCUACCACCUAUGGUGAGAGGACACACACGUAUGAACAUACCACAGCUACUGCCCACGCCGAUGUUCUCGGUGACACCAGGCCUGGCCACCAAUGCAAGCGCAGCAGCAGCUGCAGCUGCAGCCUUUAAUCCCUACUUAAGCCCUGUGUCACCAAGCCUGAUGCCUCCAGAGAUCCUGCCCAGCACCCCUGUCCUCAUGGCCUCCAGCCCUGCAGUCAGCCAAGUCCCCAACGCUGCCGCUGCAGCCCAGAAACUGCUGAGAACAGACAGACUUGAGGUCUGUCGGGAGUAUCAAAGGGGCAACUGCUCUCGGGGGGAGAACGACUGUCGCUUCGCUCACCCCGCAGACAGCACUAUGAUCGACACCAACGACAACACCGUCACUGUAUGCAUGGACUACAUCAAGGGUCGGUGCUCCCGAGAAAAGUGCAAGUACUUCCACCCGCCGGCUCACCUGCAGGCCAAAAUAAAGGCUGCCCAGCACCAGGUGAACCAGGCCACAGCCGCCGCAGCCAUGACUCAGUCGGCUGUCAAAUCACUGAAGCGACCCCUCGACGCAACCUUUGACCUGGGCAUCGCCCCUAGUGUCAUGGCUCCCCUGCCAAAGCGGGCAGCCCUGGAGAAGGCCAACGGGGCCUCUGCCGUGUUUAACACCGGCAUGCUCCAGUACCAACAGGCCCUGGCCAGCAUGCAGUUUCAGCAGCAGGCUGCUUUCCUCCCAUCAGGCUCAAUAUUGUGCAUGACACCUGCAGCCAGCGUUGUUCCCAUGAUGCACGGUGGUACUCCAGGCACUGUGUCUGCAGCCACCACAUCUGCCACAAGCGUUCCCUUCGCAACUGCCUCCACCAAUCAGGACUCUUCCUUAUCAAAGUUGACUUCCAACGAAUACAUGCAAUUGAUUCCAAUAAUAUCUGCAGAUCAUCUGAGUAGUCACAAGUACUUGACUCAGAUGUAGUUCCUCUCAAGAACAAUCAAAUGAAUGUGUGCUGGCACCGUCCAAGCCAAAAAAAAAAGAGUUCAGCCUUUAUGUACAUAACCUUCAGAAUGUCAAGCAGUGGGACAAGGAGGGUCUGCCACGUCUCAUCACACGUGAAAACAUCAAGGGUACAACACAUGAUCUGUGCCAUCUUCCCACAUAUCAAUGUCAAGAAGAAUUUGCUGUCAAAUUCAACAUCCAGCUGAGAGAAGAGCAUAUCUUGUUGCCAGGGUCGGCGUGUCUCUCUCCCCCCCUCGGCGGGGGAAACGUUCACAUGAUACCUCUGUGUCGGAUUGAAUCAUAGCACUCAGUUUCUUCUAGUUAUUAUUAUUAUUACCGCAUGCACAGAAGGUCAACAGCGUUGUUACAUGAGACGACAUCAAGUGCUGGUACAAUAGUAGACCAAGAUUUCCUUUCCUUUUUUAUUUGUUCUGCUUUAUUAUUAUUAUUAUUAUUUUUCUUUUUUUUUAAUUGAUAGCCAUAUUUCAGCGUUUACAAGAGUAAUGCAAACAUGCACCUUGAAUUUGAAUUGAAAUCUGAAAGGCACAAUGAUUUUAACAGGAUUUUAUUCGCCAAAUGAAUUAGGCAUGUACAGUAUUGUGUUUUUACAGCUACUAGUGAAACUAGAUGUUGACAUGAGGGUCUUGGACAUAUGAAUGUUCUGGGUAAACCAACAUACCUGUGUACCUUGAAAGCACAGCCAGGCUAGCUUUUCUCACCUCGUUAUGUGCUAUAAAGGCCAUACAGCUAAAACCAGAGUGUUAUCUCAGCAGUGUUAUUUGUUUACCGAAGGUAAAAGUUUUGUAUGGCUCUUUUUUUUUCUUUUUUUGUAUUGUUUUGUUUUUAAAAAUCUCCAUUGUGAGUGUUUUUUAACUUUUUCUUUUCUCAAAUUAAUCAGUUUUAGAAGUGGGUUUCUUGCCAAAUCAAUUUGUUUGGUAUUUGAUGGUUUUUUUGUUCCUUUUUGUUUGUUUAGAAUCAGUAAUGGAGGGUUUUUCUAAAGUUUGUCAUAACUCUUUUUCAUAGACUAGUGUUGUUUUUCCUUCUUGGAAUUAAGUCGCUGGACAAGUCCAUUGACUCUAAAGCCUGGCAAAGUAGAGGGUGUAGCUUCAAUUGACAUUGCGUUACCGUGUUUCCCCCUCUUGUAAAGAGGAGCAGCUCUUAAACUGUGUCUCCCAAGAAGCACUGUUGAGCCAUGUGUGGAUGCGAACUUUAAACAACAAGCCCAAAGGUCUAGUAGGUCAUUUAAACCACAUGUGCACUUGAACGAUUAUUUGUCCAGUCGCCAUAUUUUAAUUUCACAUCCCAUCCCAAGUGAACUUUCAUUUUUGAUUUUCUGAGGAAGUACAACACGUUCAAACGUUUGCCUUGUAUCUCAUGCAAAAACACAAAGGUUUUCAUCCACGCAUAGAUCUGACUAUGGAAACCAAAGCACAGUUUGUUUUUUUUCUCUCAAACUUAUCCACAGUGGGUGAAUACAGAGACAUCUCUGCAGAGGCUGAAACAAUUAAGGAAAAAGGUUUAUCAUCUUUCAUUCAUGUGUCUUGAUUUAUGUUUUUCACAGCAGCGUGUCUUUACCGAUUGUAAUGUACCUAACAAAGCCUUAGAUUACAGUUAAUGGGUCCUCGCCCAAUCAAAUGUACUCUCAAUCACCGUGCAGGUAAAGAACACCAAUGAUGUUUUAUAGUUCUCUCACAUGCCGCUUAUGAUCUUUUUUUUUCUCUCUCUCGCUCUGUAACAAUAACAAUUACUCUCUUAAAUUUCAUUGAACUUAUGUGUUAUGUACUACUUAAGAAUUUGAAUCUAUUUGAUGUAUGUAGUUUUAGAUUAUUUUUCUUUUUUUUUGUUGUUUUGUUUUUGCCUUACUAUAUAUUACUUGACAACAUUGAUAUAGCCGUUGUAGAUGUUGAGGUAGAAUGACAUUCAUAACUUUUUUUCAAACCAUAUAAAUGAUAAUGUGUUAGUUUUAAAUAUUCACUUCAUUCAUAUAGCUGGAUGUCUUUUUCAGUUGUGUUACAUUGUCAGUUAAUUUUUUGUUGUUGUUGUUGAUGAGAAGACUUUUUGAUACGAGGAACGAGAUCAAUUGAUUUGCUGCACGGCAGCGGUCUCUGAGUUUAACAAGAAAAAAACAACAAAAAAAUCAAACACACACACACACACAAAAAC